AUGACAUCACUUGAUUUACACUUAUUAACUAUUGUACUUGGUGUGAUAUUUAUUUUCUUGGGUCAUAUGAAAUUGACACCACAGUUUUUUCCUGAAUAUCAUUCGCAAAUACGUAAUGAAUUCGGUAAACUAAAUAAAGAAUUUCCAUUAUUUCAUUUAACUGGUUGGCGUCCUUAUGCAAAAAAUUAUCGUAUAGGCGUAGGCAUAGCUGAAAUGUCUUCAGGAACUUUAUUACUACUUGGUGGAGCCUUCUCACAAUCUAUGUCCAACGUGGUGCUACUUGUGAUAGUAACAAGCUUCCUAGUUGCGUUUCAAAAAUUAAAGUAUGGUACUGAAUAUAUAGUUGCAGCUAUAUUUCUUGCGUUUUUACUUGUGUUACGACUGAUACUAGCUUCAAGAUCAAAGAAAACUCGAAAUCCUACAGGUGCCAGACGAAAGGUGGAAAACAAAGUUGAAUAA